UCCCUACACCGGAAGUAGAAUUAUCAGCUGAUCCCCCGCUCGGCUGUUGUUGAUGCCUGAAGUUGCUGCGGCUCGGACCCUGUGUCGCUCGGCUCCGCUGCGGGACAUCGAGGACUGUGAGACGGGGGGACACGCUGGACAUUUUCACACCGGCGAACGAGUGUCGGAGAGCGGAGGCGGCGCCGUCGUGAGGACCCUUGAGUUCGCGGCGGGUGGCAGCUAGCACCCGGGGCUGGAAGCGGUCGGAAAGCAGCGGCUGGACGUGGUUUCUCUUUGUUUGUGCGGUGCCGGGUCUGAAGCGCAAUACCCCCCCACCCCCCACCCCCCCCGUUUUCUGUUCAAGACUCUCCUCUUAUCUGUGUUUGCACUUGGUUAGCAUCCGGCUAAAAGGGGAGCAGCUAGCCCGUGAGCUAACGUUACCACGUAGCGGUGUUGUGUUGCCUUUCGUAGCCGUGUGACAGUGACAGAUCAGGACCCGGGGAGCAGGCUGGUGUUCAGGGGGGGGGUGGGGGGGAUAGAUCUGUGCCCCUGGGUGUGUGUGUAUCACUGGGUCAGGUUGGAGGACACGUAGGACUGUCAAUCAACAAGCUGGUGUUGACUUGUCACUUUGAAACCCAGAUUGUUUUUGUUCUCAACCCUUUUGUGUGACUGUGGUUUUUGAAACAACUCCAAACAAGCUGCAGGUUCAGUGACAGCUGGCUGGCUCCCCCCCCACCCCCUGGUUGCGUCAGUUGUUUACGUGCAAGCUGUCAGUCACUGUUGAGUAACCUGUUACUUUUGAUUUACUAGUUUCUGGAAUUGAAAUCCGAUGCUGUAACUCACAGGUUGAGUCUUUAGAGAAGUGAGUAGAGUCGAGUUAUGAAUUGAAGCAGCCACCUUGUUAUAAGUGUGAGACAGUAGUGUGACCGGAGAGAGGGAGGGAGAGAGAGAGAGGGAGGGAGGGAGGGUCCCUUAGGGUCCCAGUGUGUCUUGAGGUGAGCUGCCCCCCCACCCACUACUUGCCAAUGCUGGAUCUGGAGGUGGUGCCUGAGAGAUCACUAGGAAAUGAGCAAUGGGAAUUCGCCUUAGGGAUGCCAUUGGGCCAGGCCAUCUCUAUUCUACAGAAGCACUGCCGCAUCGUCAAAAACGUCCAGGUGCUAUACAGUGAGCAGACACCACUCAGCCAUGACCUUAUACUGAACUUGACUCAGGACGGGAUUAAACUGCUGUUUGAUGCCACAAACCAGAGACUCAAGGUGAUCGAAGUGUACGACCUGAGCAAAGUCAAGUUGAAAUACUGUGGAGUCCAUUUCAACUCUCAGGCCAUUGCCCCUACAAUAGAGCAAAUAGACCAGUCGUUCGGAGCCACGCACCCCGGAGUUUACAAUGCCGCAGAGCAAUUGUUCCAUCUCAACUUUCGAGGACUGUCCUUCUCCUUCCAGCUGGACUCUUGGAAUGAAGCUCCGAAAUACGAGCCUAACUUUGCCCUGGGUUUGGCCUCCCUGCAGAUUCCACACGGGGCCAUGGUCAAGAGGAUGCACAUCUACACUGGCAACAACCUGCAGGAAACAAGAGCUCCUGCGAUGCCGGUGGCUUGUUUCCUUGGCAACAUCUAUGCAGAGUGUGUGGAUGUCCUGAGAGACCGGGCAGGAGCUCUGGGGCUCAAACUCCACCUUCUCACUGCAGGUUGUGGUCCAGGUGUGAUGGCGGAUGCUAAAGUGAGGUCUCUAGAGAGGAGCAUCUACUUUGGAGAUUCCUGUCAGGAUGUACUCGGUGCUCUGGGCUCACCUCAUAAAGUUUUUUACAAGUCUGAGGACAAGAUGAAGAUUCACUCUCCAUCGCCUCACAAGCAGGUUCCUUCUAAAUGUAACGACUACUUCUUCAACUACUUCACCCUUGGAGUGGAUAUCCUGUUUGACUCAACAACUCACCUGGUGAAGAAGUUUGUCCUGCAUACCAACUUCCCAGGACAUUACAACUUCAACAUAUAUCAUCGAUGUGACUUUAAGAUUCCACUAGUCAUCAAAAAAGAAGGAUCUGAUUCUCAGACGGAGGACUGCAUCUUAACCACCUACAACAAGUGGGAUCAGAUUCAGGAGCUGCUGGGUCACCCGAUGGAGAAACCUGUCGUGCUCCACAGGUCCUCCUCAGCCAAUAACACCAACCCCUUCGGCUCCACGUUCUGCUUUGGACUGCAGAGGAUGAUCUUUGAGGUGAUGCAGAAUAACCACAUAGCAUCAGUGACCCUCUACGGUGCUCCGCGGACCACCGGUCAAGCCCGACCCGAGUCCAGUAGUAGUUCCCACUGAACAAGCAACCAGAACCACAUCCCAUUCUGGCCUGUCCUGAAUCUAGUACCUCUACUGACUGAACCUCUAACACGGAGCCAGAUUCUUAACCAAGCAGACCUGACCCAGGACAACAAAGCUAUUCUUGCUCAGCUCAGACGAUGAACACUGAGUGGAAACACAACAAGAACCCAAGGAACAACCAAAUCCGACCUGACGUUAAUCAGCUUCUCAAGAGUGGGUACUAAGAUUUAUUCUUCCAAUCAGACACAUCCAGCAUAUCCCAUGACAUCCAGGAUCUACGUACAUUAUCGCAGUGCUGGAGCAUUCAUGCUUUGAAAUGAAACCAGUGAAAUAAUUCCCUAGUUGUGUGGAAAUAUCACUGUGGUGCUGCAAACUGACAAAGUGAAGAAAUCUGCAUUGUGGUAGAGCUCAGCUGUUUCCUGUCUCCAUCCUGUGACUGCAUCCGCCCAGGAACACAGACGACCACAGACUGUAGUUUGGAACAGCAAGGUUCCACCAGUGAGAAGAACCACGACCGUAAACCUCCACAAGGGUGUGGUGGUGAGACUGCGAGCGUUUGAAUUCAUCUGCUGCACAUUUUAAAGAUAACAGCUGUGAGGUCAACACGGCCGCCACUGAAAACUGCUGUGGCCAAAGUCUUGAAGCGAACUUUGGCUCGACCCACUGACUCCACGUCAUCCGACCACACUGCCAGCCCGAACCGUACCGCCUGUCUUCCUGCCUCAACUGCAUAAUCAGACCUGACUGGAUCGGUCGAAACCCCCGGACACGUCCGAACCACGAGAACCAAACCAGCCCAACCCGACCAAGAGACCAUCAGAGCCAAACACACACUGCAGAGGACUGAAACCAAAACACAGAAACACACACACAAGAACCCAAGAUUCUGUUGAGGAACCAAACACACUCAGGGUGUGGACAGAGACGUGGCCCAGGACGUGACCCCCUCCAUGGACGAGCCAAUCAAACCAGACGAUCCAAACGUCACCUCCUGAUUAUUGUCUCCCUCUUCAUCUUCUAACCCGUCCUUCAACUUUGUUCAGUGGUGCCCUCAAAGACACACAACACACACAACACACAAACAUCAGCGAACACUGUUAAUCCAAAGCUGUUGCAUGCAGCUCUGGACAUUAGCGCCUCACACUCACAAGUGAAUAUUUGCAUGUGCUCGGCCGCCGAUCGACGUUUCAGGACAUAAAUUCUAAGCACAGUUACACAGCGGCAGCGAUCUGCUCACUGCUGUGUCCUUUCUAAUAUUUAAAACCUGGCUCAUCUUUUUCUGGCCUUCGCAGCGUUAACACAAAACACGGGAACACGCAGGCAUGACACGAGGUUUGCAUGAACCUGGCCGAUGCUUUUGAAUGGGAAGAGACUCGUAACAAGAUCAAACCGGCAGCCAGCUGUGCUGAUUUGAUCCUGCAUGUUGUGAAGAGGCGUAGACUUGGCACGCUGUUUUUUUUUUUUUUAUUUCCCUCUGUCCCUCUUUCCCACCUACGACCAUUUCCAUGAUGAUCAGUGUUGUUAAAAUCAAAUCCAUUUUGUACAUUUGCACUAAUACACACCUUCGUACUUGACCGGUCGAUUGUGCCCGAUACUCAGAGGUGAAGUCGUGGAAACAUUUGGAGAUAGAGGUGUGUGUGUGUGUGUGUGUGUGUGUGUGUGUGUGUGUGUGUGUGUGUGUGUGUGUGUGUGUGUGUGUGUGUGUGUGUGUGUGUGUGUGUGUGUGUGUGUGUGUGUGUGUGUGUGUGU